AGCCGAGCCGCAGCCUGUCAGCUGCGGACGGGCGAUGGAGGUGUCACGUGACUGGGGUGACGCAGCUGUCUGCAGCGACGUGGAGUCAUGGCGGCUGUGAUCCAGUAAGAGGAGAGAGAGCGGGAGAGACGGAAUGAUCAGACUAUCGAUCCUCUAGCAACAUGGGUGCCAACAGCAGCACGAUUAGCGAACUCUCUGAAAACGACUAUUUGAAGAAACUGUCCGGGACAGAGACCAUUUCUGAGAAUGAGCCCUUCUGGAACCAGCUUCUGUCUUUCACCUUCAGCACCCCAACAAACAGUGCUGAUUCAAAGUUGUUGGAGGAAGCGACCAUCAACAUCUGCAAAGCAUUAAUUGAAAACAACCCAAGAACAGGAAACCUUGGCUCUCUAAUUAGGGUGCUAUUAUCCCGGACUAAAGAACUGAAGAUCUCUGCAGAAUGUCAGAAUCAGCUCUUCCUCUGGCAGACCCACAAUGCCCUCUUCAUAAUUAGCUGUCUGCUGAAGGUCUUCAUCAGCCACGUCUCCGAGAGGGAGCUAAUCAAUCACUUCUCCUAUCACCAGACCGAGCCUGGAACAUACGAGUCUGAAGUAGAAGAUCUUUUGGAGGAAUUGCUCUUUUGUCUCAUCCAUCUGAUUGUGGAAGUUCCUCUUCUUGACAUCACAUACAAUGUUCUGCUGGAAGCUGUGACUGUCCUCAUCGUGUUUUUGUCCUAUCAGCUUUUCCACAAGGAGAUUAUCCAUGAGAGCAUCAUCCACAAAUACCUGAUGCAUGGCCGCUGUCUUCCUUACACUAGCCGAUUGGUGAAAACGUUACUGUAUAACUUUAUCCGCCAAGAAAAAAGCCCCCCUCCGGGGUCUCACAUGUUCCAGCAACAGGCAGACGGCGGGGGUCUUCUCUAUGGCCUGGCAUCUGGUGUGGCAAGUGGACUUUGGACAGUGCUAACACUAGGGGGCGUAGGUAGCAAACCAACCCCCCAACAGGAGCAGUCUUCACCCCUGGCUAACCAGAGUCUGCUACUUAUUCUGGUCCUCGCCAACCUAACUGAUGCACCAGAUAGUCCGAAUCCUUUCCGACAGUCUAUCUGUUCCUUCAGGAAUACACAAGACAGCUCUGUUCCACCCGCCCCCAGCGCGCACUCAUUUCAGAUCAAUUUCAACAGUCUGUACACAGCCCUCUGUGAGCAGCAAACGUCCGACCAGGCCACCCUCCUCCUGUACACCUUACUACAUCAGAACAGCAACGUGCGCACUUACAUCCUGUCCCGCACAGACAUUGAGAGCCUUGUUCUGCCCAUUCUGGAGAUCUUGUACCAUGUCGAAGAUCGGAAUUCCCACCACGUUUAUAUGGCUCUGAUCAUUCUUCUCAUCAUGACAGAAGAUGAUGGCUUCAAUCGCUCUAUUCAUGAAGUGAUACUAAAGAACAUCACCUGGUACUCUGAACGUGUACUCACUGAGAUCUCUCUGGGCAGUCUACUCAUUUUAGUAGUGAUCCGAACCAUUCAGUACAACAUGACCCGCACCAGGGACAAGUACCUUCACACCAACUGCUUGGCAGCUCUGGCCAACAUGUCUGCUCAGUUCCGCUCCCUCCACCAGUAUGCUGCGCAGAGGAUCAUCAGUUCCGCCUGCCGCCACUUGCGGAGAUAUUUGUAUGUGCUGGACAAACUGUACUUUCCUCAUUCACACUGCUCCACGCUUCAGCACUGCUUCACCAGUCUCAGUGACAAUGGGGAGGAGUUCUUGUCUCUAACGUGCUCUCAUAUACUGGGAUCCUAUGCAUCCAGUUUGUUUGCGUUGCUAUCUAAAAAGCACAACAAAGUCCUGGAGCAAGCCACACAGUCUCUUCGAGGACAGCUUGGCUCGGAUGACUCCCCACUUCCUGACUACGCACAAGACUUAAACGUGAUCGAGGAAGUCAUCCGAAUGAUGUUGGAAAUCAUCAACUCCUGCCUGGCCAAUUCUCUCCACCACAACCCUAACCUGGUGUACGCCCUUCUGUACAAGCGGGAGCUGUUUGAGCAGUUUCGUAGUCACCCAUCCUUCCAGGACAUCAUGCAGAAUAUUGACAUGGUUAUCAGCUUCUUCAGCUCACGUUUGGAGCAGGCUGGAACGGAUCUGUCAGUAGAACGCGUCCUGGAGGUCAUCAAACAAGGAGUCGUCGCUUUGCCGAAAGACAGACUCAGGAAAUUUCCUGAGCUGAAGUUCAAAUACGUGGAAGAGGAGCAGCCUGAGGAAUUUUUCAUCCCCUACGUCUGGUCCUUGGUAUAUAAUUCUGGGAUCGGCCUGUACUGGAAUCCCCAGGACAUUCAACUCUUCACCAUGGAUUCCGGUUGAUCAGCUUGCUGCAAAUAGAGACAUAGCUCUUUAUCGGAUGGCUUGGCUAAUGGAGAGAGAGGGCCAUUGACCUUCACUGCUCUGCUCUCCUCCACCAAUCCACUAUAAUGUGUGGAAACCUCUGAUGGCCUCCAGGCUUGUGGAGUUAUGUCCUAAGGUUGUACGCAGUGUGUGACUGUUUAUAAUGCUUCCAUCGGGGGUGCUUACAUCUCAACCAACCUACCCGUUUCAUUUGUUUUCCUUAUUAUAAUUGAUGGUUGAUGCAGAUAAGUAUAUUUUUAUUUCAGUGGAAGGGGGAAUAUUUUAAACAUAUCUGUUUACUUUGGGUUAAUAAAGCUGUGAAAUAAAUGGCUUGCAUGUCA